AUGGGUGGCUGUUGUUCUCUAAUACGACGAAAAAAGAAUGAUCAACAAUUUAACUCCAAAUUCAAAGUCAUAGACGGGCGACGAUUUCAACAAUUAGAUGAUUCAAACUAUGUUUUGCCAAACGAUUCAGACGAAGAUGAGAGAUUAGAUAUACAACACAUUAUCCUGAAGAAUACCUUCAAUGGGAAUUUUUCAGCACCUGUCGAUCAACUGUUAAGGAGUGGGGCGAGGGUACUUGAUGUCGGUUGCGGUUCAGGUGUUUGGACCUUAGACCUAGCCAAAGAAUACCCCAAUUCUCAUUUUGUCGGUAUAGACAUUACUCUUGCAGGCGUUAUGGGAGAAACACCUAGUAACGUCGAAUUCAUAGAAUAUAAUGUCCUUGAUGGACUUCCUUUUAAUAGCAACUCGUUCGAUUAUGUAUUUGCCAGAGCCCUUAUCUCGGUAUAUACAAGGGCCCAAUGGACUGAGCUUGCUAUUCCCGAGUAUGUGAGAGUUACCAAGCCAGGUGGAUGGGUAGAGUUGAUGGAGCUUGGUCUUCCGAGAGAUGGCAACGAUAUUAAUAUUCAACGUCUGGGUAAUGCAUGGAUUAGUAUUGCUGAAUCGAAAGGCUUAGUUGUGGAAACUAACUUUGAAGUCAGAGGCUUCAUUGAACAGUCUGGUUUUUUUACAAACAUUAAUCACGAGACACAACACGUUCCUAUAGGGCCAAAGGGAGACAAGCACGCUGAACUAGGAAUACGAUGCUUUCGGGACCUCUGGUGUGGACUGAAAGUCCCCUAUAUGGCAGUCAUGCAGGUGACUGGGGAACACUAUGAUGCUAUUGUCGAAGCAGCAGUCCAUUCGCUCAUACAUAAGGGUACCACUUGGGAAUUUACGAGGGCAUGGGGUCAGAAGAAAGGAUAA